AUGAUCACCUUAACCUGCUUUCUACCAGACGUUUGUGUGGAAUCCCUCAGAGCAGCAGCUCUCCACAUGGAGACCACCAUCACAUCUGUGGGAACAUCUGUGCGUCUUAGAGUUUUCACUAAAAUAGCUCAGACAUGGCGGUGCUUUAUGGCCUCAGAGGACAGACUUCCAUGGAUGUCAAAAGCAGACCAGAUCAAUUAAGACAAAGAAAAUGUUCUUCCUGUUUCCCUUCAUCUUUUUCAGGAAAAGACCUCCUCUUUCUGCUCCUUUUCCCUCCAUCUGGUUCCAAUCCGGGUUUGAUGGAGAUGCAUUCACACUUUGAUGCUGCAAACAUCUUAAAGUCAUGGCGUCUGAAGUGGAGGCGGGCAGCGCUGCUGCACCGGAGCCGGAGGUAGAAGGGGAUGCUUCCUUUGGAGAGCCACCCGCCAGCAUGGAUACCGAGUCUUCCAAUGGCAAAGAGGGGGCGGAGACGGCGGGCGAAGGCUCGGAGGCCGCCGAUGCUCUCAUCGGAUCGGGCGACGAGGAGAGCGGCCGGCAGCUGGGCGAGGUGGAGCUGCAGUGCGCUCUGUGCAUGAAGUGGUUCACUGCCGACACGUUUGGCAUCGACACGGCAACCUGUCUCCCCUUCAUGACCAACUAUGUGUUCCACUGCAACGUGUGCCAUCACAGCGGCAACACCUACUUCCUCAGGAAACAAGCAAACCUGAAGGAGAUGUGUCUCACGGCUCUGGCAAACCUCACCUGGAGGUCCAGAACGCAGGACGAGCACCCGAAGACCAUGUUCUCCAAAGACAAGGACAUCAUUCCCUUCAUCGAUAAGUUCUGGGAGUGCAUGACGACUCGGCAGCGGCCGGGGAAGCUCACAUGGCCCAACAACAUCGUGAAGACGAUGAGCAAAGAAAGAGACGUCUUCCUGGUGAAGGAGCACCCCGACCCCGGCAGUAAAGACCUGGAGGAGGAGUUCCCCAAGUUUGGUCUGUUAGAUCAGGAUCUGGGAAACAUCGGACCUUCGUACGACUCCCAGAAACAAAGCACCGGGACCCCCACAGCCGGAGGCCUCAACGGUGGAUCUUCUUUCUCAGGUGCUCUGGCCCCCGGUCCUGGAAAAGGCAGAGGAGCCAAACGCAAACAGCAGCAGCAGCAGGAGGGCGCGGCGGCAGGGGCGGCGAAGAGAACGCGCAGUGACCCUCUGUUCUCCGCUCAGCGGCUGCCUCCUCACGGCUACCCGCUCGAGCAUCCUUUCAACAAAGACGGGUACCGCUACAUCCUGGCAGAACCGGACCCUCACGCUCCGGAUCCAGAGAAACUGGAGCUGGACUGCUGGGCCGGCAAACCCAUACCGGGGGAUCUGUAUCGGUCGUGUUUGUAUGAGAAGGUUCUGCUGGCCCUACAUGACAGAGCGCCGCAGCUGAAGAUUUCAGACGACCGGCUGACGGUUACGGGGGAGAAGGGCUACUCCAUGGUCCGAGCUUCACAUGGAGUGAGGAAAGGCGCCUGGUUCUUUGAGGUGACGGUGGACGAAAUGCCUGCAGAGACGGCCGCCCGGCUCGGCUGGUCUCAACCUCUCGGUAAUCUCCAGGCACCUCUGGGUUAUGACAAGUUCAGCUACUCGUGGCGCAGUAAAAAAGGAACCCGGUUUCACCAGUCGAUCGGGAAGCACUACUCGUCGGGGUACGGUCAGGGCGACACGCUGGGCUUCUUCAUCGAGCUGCCGGACGGCACGGAGACGGCCCGGUCUCUGCCCGACACCUACAAAGACAAGGCGCUCAUUAAGUUCAAGAGCUACCUGUACUUCGAGGAGAAGGACUACGUGGACAAAGCAGAGAAGGCGCUGAAAGCCACGAGCCCCAGCAGGAUGAUUUUCUACAAGAACGGAGUGAGCCAAGGGGUCGCCUUUGAGAACCUGUUUGAAGGGAUCUACUACCCUGCAAUCUCCCUCUACAAGAGCUGCACGGUUUCUGUCAACUUCGGUCCACAUUUCAAGUUCGCCCCAAAGGACGUCAAGUACCAGCCGAUUAGCGACAUGGGCUGGGGGGCGGUGAUCGAACACACGCUGGCCGACAUGCUGUACCACGUGGAGACGGACGUGGACGGGCGCCGCAGCCCGCCCUGGGAGGGCUAGAGUCAGAGCAGGUCUUCAGACAGGGCAGGUGAAGGCAGCUUCAUGACAGGAACUCAGCCUCAGAAGGUCAGAACUCCCUUAAGUUGAGCUACAGGACGACAGUGAGGGAGCACAUGUCAGAGGUGGAGGUCAGAGAGAACGUUCUGGAUGUCAGACAAACAUCACUGUAGGUGGCUGUCCUGCAAGGCGACGCGCUGUCUUUAGGUUUCUAGUUUCUUUUGGUUGACAUUGUGUGCCAGUUAUUUACUGUUUUAUACUUUGGAUUAAAUAAAAAAACUGCAACAUGGA